CCCACCUUUUGCGAUUUACAACUAGCUGCUCCUCUGACAUCAAGAAACGGAAAAAAGAAAGAAAUUGAAAAACCCUCUCGUCUCUCGCCUCUCGCCUCUCCAUCGAAGAAUUAAGAGCGCGAGAGAGCUCGAGAUUUCUGAAAGACAUGGGGAAGUAUAUGAGGAAAUGCAAAGGGAUUGGCGACGUUGCAGUAAUGGAGGUUGCUCACGCUCAGGUUGGUGUGAAGACGAGAGCUCGAACCCUAGCCAUGGCUGCCGCGAGCGCCAGCACGGCCAAAAGAAGGAAGGUCGUUGCUUCUGGAGAAUUACACUUCUCCUCGUCGUAUCUUCAGCUCCGGAGCCGUCGCCGCCUCGUGGUUACGCAAGACAUGCCAAUUUCACCUGCUACCUCCGAGAAUUCUCUCCCAGUCACCCCUGCUGAUCGCUGCUCCAGUGCUAGCUCCGAUCACGUUCCUGCUUCGCGGUGCUCGAGCAACGGAUCAAGCGAGCUCCUGAGGGACAACUUGAGAUCCAUAGAUCUGGAGGGAGAGCUCUUCGAAAUUGAAAACUCGACGUAUUUUGACCGCAGAGAAAGGAGAGAGACAACUCCGUCAAGCGAACUCGAAGCCGAAUCGGACGAUCUGGAGUCCACAGCGAGACCAUCGGAGUCGAAUUUCCGCCAGAGAUCGAUGGCGAAGAACAUGCCAACAGAAGCGGAGAUCGACGAUUUUUUCUCUGCAUCAGAGAAACUUGAACAGAAACGGUUUGCGGACAAGUAUAAUUACGAUAUCGUUAAGGACGUUCCUUUGGAGGGUCGUUACGAGUGGAUUUGCUUAAAGCCAUGAGAUGAAAACAAGGGAAACGAAACAGGAAAAAGAAAGCCAUGGAAGAACAAAACGCAGAAGGGCUUUUUUUUUAAGAAUUAUUAUUAUUAUUAUUAUUAUUAUUAUUAUUAUUAUCAGUCUUAUUAAUUUUCAAUUUUCUUUUCUUUUUUUACCCACUUAGGUCUCUGUACAGCAUCUAUUUCUCUCUAUCUCUCCAUUUCUGUAAGAAGCUCUAUUGUCUGUACGAUAUACGGAGAAGCUUCUGCAAAUCUGUUCAUCGAAGAACGGUUUGAAUAAGAUUUUCAUUUUUCAUUUUUUA